CUUCUCAGUCGUCUUCCCCAAGAAGAACCCCCCAACCAAAUCAUCCAAUCCAAAACCCUAGAAAUCAAUAUCAAGGCAAAACCAAAUUUCCACUUCAUCACGCUCAAAUUCUGCUUGAUCAGAGGUGAAUUAGGUGUUUCCGAGCAAAAUCCAUGGGAUUGACGAACUUCAUACUGACGGUGGCCGGGGUGAGUGCGGUGGUCCUGCUCCUGAGGAGCGACGUGAAGCAGUCCGCGGUCAUCUUCCGGCGCAACGUCAAGCACAUCCGGAAUUGGCUCGAAGAAGAAUCCUCUGCGGCUUCCAAGGAGAUCGAGAAGAAAACCAAAGAGCUAGAAUCGAAGGCGAAAGACAUUCCCAAGAAGGAGGACAAGCACUAGUUUCACACAUAUGGAGGCUCGGUUUUUUUUUUUGGUAAUUCGGUUGCAUUUGGCCGUGCUCUUUUUGCGACUGAAUAACUUGGGAUACAGUAUAUGGUUAAAGCUGGAUCUGGUCUCUAAUUUUUGUUGUUGAUCAAUUCAAGUCUCUCUCUUUGGGCUGAUCCGUGAGCAUAAACCAAAAACGAUGUUGAUGAAUUUACUUCCAUUGGUAGCUA